CAACCCUUUUCAGUAGUAGAGGACGAAGGUUUUAAAAAGUUCGUCAAUGGUCUAAAUCCAAACUAUGUUCUGCCAAACAGAAAAACCAUUUCAUCUUCUAUGAUACCAGCAGAAUAUGAGAUGUGUUUGAAUGCUGUUCGACAAGAAAUGCUAACAGUAUCAAAUGUUACUUUGACAACUGACACUUGGACCUCUUCAAACACAGAGAGUUAUAUGGCUCUAACUUCCCACCACAUUUCUAACGAUUUUGAAUUAAAAUCAAUUUUACUUGAGUGUUCUGUCAUCAGAUCUUCUCAUACAAGUGUAAACUUGGCGGUAGAAAUAGACAAAAUUGUAAAAAAAUUUCACCUUGAAGGCAAAAUCAUGAUCAUUGUCUCUGACAAUGCCAGUAAUAUUGUAGGGGCUAUAACUAAUGAACUAAAACUAAAACACUUCGGAUGUUUCGCCCAUACAAUUAAUUUAAUUUUGCAGGAUGCAUUGAAGGUUUGUCAGAGCUUAACAGAUCGCAUAAAAGCUAUAGUUUCUCAUUUUAAAAGAAGCACUAGUGCUACAGAGAAGCUAAGGGAAGUACAGAAAAAUUUGGGACUGGAACCCAAAAAACUAGUUCUACAAGUAGCUACAAGAUGGAACUCAACAUUUUAUAUGUUGCAAAGAAUUUCAGAGUUGAAGGAUGCUGUUAAAACGACAGUGGCUUUAAUCAAUAAAGAAAUUCCAGUGCUCACCGAAGAUGAAUGGAAGACUUGCUCCGAAUUGGUAAUGGUUCUGGAACCAUUUGAAGAAGUAACCAGAAAUAUCUCUGGGGAAAAUUACCUUACAGCUAGCCAAGUGAUUGGAUUUAUCAAUGGACUAGUUUCUGUCUGCAAUAAAAUGAGAAAAGAAACCCUAAGCGAAGUCUCCAAACGUGUAGUUGAUGAAUUGCUCAAAGGACUAAAAACCAGAUUUUCUAACAUUGAAAACAGCAAGACUAUAGCUUUGGCGACGUUGUUAGAUCCACGUUUCAAGCUUGCAGUAUUUUCAGAUGAAAAAUCAGCUGGAUCCAUAAAAACCUACUGCACUGAGCUCAUGUCAGCCAUAUGGAGCAAGAAGACAAGCACUUCUGUGACGUCUGUCAGUGGAAGUCAGGAAAAAGACGAUGGAAAUCAGCCUCUUACAAAACAGGCAAAGUUUUCUAUCUGGGCAGACCUUGAUAAGAUGAUAGCAUCCAAGAAACCGUCAGGUUCAAAGACAUCUGCUGCAAUUGUUGAAAUGAACCGUUAUUUAGACGAGGAAUGCAUCGGACGCUCAGAAAACCCACUACUGUGGUGGAAACAAAAUGAAGUUUUUUACCCUCUGUUGUCACAAGUUGUAAAAAAACAUUUUUGUGCAGUGGCAACAUCGGUCCCCUGUGAGAGAUUAUUCUCAAAAGCAGGAUACAUAAUUACAGAACGACGUACCAGAUUAUCAGGGAAACGAUGUGAACAACUGUUGUUUUUAAAUGCUAACAGAUAUUUAGUGCAAUAAGUUUUUUUAGUUGUUCUUAGUUUAGUUUUCUUAUUAUAUGUCAGGCAAACUGUGUUAAGAGCUGUUGUUUUAUAAUGCCGACAUAUUUUUAGUACAAGUUUUUUUAGUUGUAUAUUUUUACUUGCAUAUUGUAGUUGUAAUAUACUUUGUAUAUUUUUUCAAUACGUUGUAUCUCAUAAAUUACAUUCUAAAAGGUAUUGGCUUAUCAACUUUAUAGCCCUGGUUUAAGACUUAAUAGUAACUUAACUUAAGUAAAUUUUAAAUGACACACUAGUUCAUAAGCAAUUUAGAAUUACGAAUAAUAAUAUGUUUUAGUAUUGCAACUCUAACCUGUAAUUUCAAAAAUUAAGUUGAAUUAUCAGUGUUUGCGGUGACGGGUGUUUGCUGAAGUUACGAGAGCUACGGCUGUAACGUAACUGUCACCAUUAAAUAAUAUGGUGACAGUGACAGACCGGCCGAGCGCGAGCGGAGCCACAGCGCCAGGCGGAGCCGGAGCUGUCCCGUAAUAGGUGACAAAAAUAAUAGGCUACUGGAACCUAUUACGGCUCCGUCACGUAACGUUGG